UACACACAUGUACGUAUGUGUAUCAUAAAACUGCGCACUCGGCACUUUUCUGUCAAAGAAGGGUCGGAAAGUGGAACCAAAAAUCAGUUUUGUGAGGGAGCCGUAAGUGAACAGACGCAAAAAAGAAAGAGAAGCAUCGAAUUCAAGAUGAGUCGCAGAGAUCCAUGGAACAGCAAAUAUCAAUACCAGUACGAAGUCAAGUCAUAUGGCAAUAAUGACAACCAAGGCCAGGGCGGCAGCCACUACGCCGCCAUUGCCCCGCAACCAAAUAGGGGCCAGAACUCGAAUUCGCGCGGAGCACUCUGCAGUGAGACAAAGUAUCAGGUCACGGUCACCAAACGGGAAUUCUACACGGCUCCCGAAAACACGGCUCAAGGCCGUGGAGCAGUCCAGUACGGCGGUCAAGGCGGCAGCCAUGGCCCAGCCGUCCAACAAAAUAGUGUCGUCGCCAAAUCGAAUUCGCGUGGUGCUCGCAGAGCAGAGCGUGCCUAUGAAAGACGGGCCCAGGCUACAGUCGAUGCCAUCGAUCGCGAAUUGGCCAAGGAUCCAGGCUAUCACAAGUGGAUAGCAGAAGAGCGUGGAGAAGACUUUUAUUAUUAAAAGUCGUUUAAAAUGCAGUUUAAUCUGUGGCAGGACUGGAGAUGUCAUAAGUUUUCGUUUCAUCACAUCAACCAGCGGGUUCCAUCCCAUCCCAGACAGCUGCUCAUCCUACAAUGCAUUGUAUCGCAUUCCAAAUGAAUUUUCAAUAAAUAUUCGAAAUAUUUGAAAA